CUCCUGGAAACUAUCCCUAGCCCUCUUUCAGGGCGUGCGCCACAAACAGCUUUAAAUAAUCAUCUGUCUGUUUUUGACGCUUACUUUUUACCUAUAUCUCCUCACCCAACAGUUUCUUUUUUGUUUUGUUGGUAAAGUACCUUCUAACCAACAUAUGUAUCAUAAAUAAUAAGAAAAAAAGAAAGGAUUUAUUGAAUCUGGGUUUGAUCCAACCGUGUCCAAAUCGAAAAUACACUUGGAUUCAUUCAUUAUUCAAUGAUUUAUUAACCUGGAAAAAUCAUUUUAGGGUAUUUUUGUGCCUUUUAGCGGGAAGUUCCUAUAGUUGGAAGAUAUGGCAUCGCAUUUUGAUAGGUGGGAGAAAGAUCCGUUCUUUUCAGCUGCAGAAGAGGUUCAAGAAUCUGCUGACAGAAUGGAAUCAACUUAUAGGACAUGGAUUCAUGCGUUGAAGGAUACUUCUGGUAGUUGGAAUUGUGAUGCCCUUCGAAGGGACCUUAGAACUACCAUUGGCACUGCUAAAUGGCAGUUGGAGGAAUUUGACCGGGCAGUUAGAUCGAGCUACAAUAGUAACUCUGCUGAUGAUGCAAGAGAUAGACAUCACGAAUUUGUUAUUGCAAUCGACAGUCAGAUUAAGAAAGUUGAGAACUCUCUUAAUGAAUCAGCUGUUUCACAAGGCAAACCACCACUUCCGUGGGUGCGUUUGGACGAGGGAGAAGUCAAUGAACUUGCUGCGUUUCUCUCGGGGCCAUCCACCUCUUCUGCAGGCAUAACCCACGCAAAAGUAGAUGGAGUAGAGCUGCAAAAUCAAUCAGUUCUAGAGUGUUCCGAGAAUCCUACUCAUUCGGAGGAUGGUGUUAGAGGUGAGGCGAAGGACGAGAAGUUUCUGGGCCAUCGGAGAACAGCAAGUGCUAGUGCUGACAUUGGUGCAUGGCAGAUUGCAGUUGGCAAUGAUGUUUCCAUCAAAGAACCCGCAUCACCUCCUCGCAGAAUACCUAGUUACCAGGGUUUGUUGAAUGCCAUGGAAUCUGUUAAGGAGUUAAAAUGGUCCAAGAAUGGUUACAGGAAGUUGAAAUUCAACCAAGAAGCUGACAAUACAUUGCCUCGCACUCAGCCACCAACAAGGAGCAUAAACACAUGCUAUGAGAGGAAUAAGAGUUGCCUUGAUGGUUGUGACGAUUGUUAUGAUAAGCAACUCUAUGGUUGGUAUGGUGCCGUUCAGCGCCAGCUGCAAAGGUCUCAGUAUUACAUGCAAUAUCGUCGACCUGUUCGGAUAGUUUUCUCAGUGUUUCUUCUCAUUUUCCUAAUUGUUUUAGUGGCAGUCCGUACAAUCUGAGUGAUGAACUUUGUUCCUGUAAUUGAUAAAGCUUGAAGCGUUGAAACUGUCAGAGAACGGCCUAGUGCAAUCAGUUUUGGUAUUAUACUUUAUAGAGGAAGGGUGUAAAUUACACGUAAUUUUGUUCAGGAUAUGCGAAGGUGGUGCGCAAUUACCUCAACAUACUUUGUAGCAACACCUUAACCUCUUUCCUGGCUCUGGCUCUUCAGUUAGGGUGCCAUUAGUGGAGACCAAUUUCUGUUGUAUUAUGAUAUUCUGUUGUAUACAGAAAUGAAAGAGAUAUUAGGUCUAUUUGACUUGCUACAUCAUGUAUAUUGUAUUGUCCAUUAAUUCUGUAUGUUUCUAAGAUGUGCUCUACUUUUCCUUUU